UGCUUUCAGUCCGAUUACUUGCUGAAGUGAUCGGGAUGGCCAGCAUGUGCAUAUUUUUGCUGUACAGUUUGUAUGAACUUUCAUGUUGUAAGGCUUCGUGAUAUUGUAGUGGACACUCUGUCUUUACUUUGAAUUGUUAUUUUUUAUUUCUAGUUUAAUGAAUUUGAAGUGAUCGGAAUGAAAUGCUUUCAGUCCGAUCACUUUAGCCUGUGAUCGGACUGACAGCAUUUCAGAAUAGUCAGCAUGUGCUUUGUUAAUUCAUAUAUGUAAUUUCAAGAGGUUAUUUUUGCUGUACAGUUUGUAUUAACUUUCAUGUUGUAGUGGACACCCUGUCUUUACUCUGAAUUGUUCAUUUUCAUUGUACAGUUGGAUUAACACACUUGUCAUUAAAAAGUGGAGCUCAUAAAUCACGGGAACGUCACGAUUGUUUUGCGGUCACAGCUGAUUGGUUGCACAGUGAGAGAGUGUUUUUUUUGAAGAAAGGUAGAGUCACAUGACCAGGCACUGCCUACCUACCGCGGGGAGCUGUAAUCGCUCCCUGCAGGAAUUAGAUGUGGAGUGAACGUUACAGGUGGAGCAGAGCACGGUGCGUCAAGCCGGAUCAGAGAGCAGAAAAACAACAGCAGUCUCCACGGUGUCCUCGUGUAAACGGUGACAACUCCGGGUGAGUCCUAUACCGAACACAUGAGAGACUCUGUUCUGACUUACGGACUUGUUUGUGCGGAGCUUUUUUUUCCCCCAGCAGGCUUCCUCUUUUCCACAGGCGGGUUCUGGGAAUUGGAUUUGGCAACCUGUAGGGUUUGGAGGUCUAACUUCUCUGUCUUAUCUAAGCUUAUGGGAAAUCCUAAUCUAAUAAUAGCAGCCGAAAGCUCGACUUAGCGGUGGAAGGAUACGCGUUCAGGCUGCGCUCAAACGCUUUAUGCACACAGACGGUGAGAUAGAUACACGCUCCAAAGUUGUGGGGUCGUGGGUACGGCUUCAGGAUAAGAGUCUCAGCGAUGGCUAUCCAUUUAAACCUUAAGCAAAACCCGUAUUCAUUGAAAGUAGUGGGGUUUCUCUCCUGAAAAGCAGUGACUAGUUUGCACACCUUCCAACAAAUCUCUCGGUGAAAAAAAUAACCCAAGAAAUGAAACUUCCAGUUUGUUUGCACUGUAGCCUUUGAUCAUUUGCAUUCCUCCCUGUAAACAGAGCUAAAAAUGUACACAGCUUAAUAAAUAAUUCAUUAACCUCAAAACAUGCCUGUUUGCAUCAUAUGACUCCAUUCAGGGAAUGGUAUGGGAGGUUAACUUGAUAUUUCCAAGUGUGCAGCUUUAUGCAUGGUGAGAAUUAUCGCGCAUGAUAUGUGAAUCUAGUAGCAGAGAGAGAGAGAGAGCAGAGGAUAUAUAAAUGCUGUCAGUGCACUUGCUCGGGGGAUUGCCCAAUUUUAGCUGUCACACUGCAGCUCAGUGGGGUCGGCUCACACCAGCACUGUGUGGGCAAAGCUGGCAAAUACGCACGGCUCCUUUAUGUUCGACUGUAUGUGCACAGCAAAUUCAUAAAAUGCAUAAUCUCAACCUAAGAAAGGGUCCAAAUGCUAAAAAUGAACUUUCCUUUUUCUCCUGAAAUAUAAAAUUAUCUAGGACACGUUUGCAUUGCCUGUCUAUCUGGCAGUUCAGCAAGGUAGAGGUGGAAAAACGAAUGAGUUGGAAAGAUUUUGUAUUGCAGCCGCUGUGUUUUACCUGUUUUAAGCCUGAUAAACAGGCAGUUUAAUGAAAUCAGAUCUUUGUUUCGAUUGUCAAUCUCAGCUGCACACCACGUUUUGUUGUCAAGGGUGUUCCCCUCUGUCAGUGAACUUGUCACACAGCACAGGCGGAGCAGGCGAAGUGUUUUCCUUCUCUUAUUUUCCUUUUGUGCCCCAGAUCCUGCUGAGACUUGCCUGGGUGUGCAUAUGUGUGUGUGACUUUUCUGUGUUCAAGUGUGUUCAAGUGUGCACUCACACUCAACCAGACUUGUCUCAUUGAUGAUGAGUCAUUUGUCAAAGCUGACAAUCUUAUCAAACUGGUUGUAGUAUUUUCAGUUUUUUUGUUUUAUAACCUUUUCGUGCUUUGGUUGUUGUUGUUGUUGGUUGUCCAUUAGCUUAAUGAUACACGCUGAAGACUUGAAAAGUGUGCACGCGGCAUGUUUUUGAAGCAUUGUUUUUCAGGUAAUUACAACUCUCCUACUCACUAAACCAAAAGGUGGGAAGCUACUGUCAUUAUGAUGAAAAGAAAGGUUUGUUUUUAGCCCUGCGAGCUUGCAAAAAUAUAACCUGGCGCUGAACUGGGGUGUGUUUUCCAGUGAGUGUUUCACAACAGAGUCUGUGACACAAGGAGUGUCAAAGGUGAACACCCUCCCACAACUGGUUUCCUGUUUAGGCCCCCAUGAUGGAAUUCUGUAUCAUCGCCAGCUCACCAGUUGACCUGCCAGUGGGCCGCUCAGCUUACGUUUGACUGGCAGACAGAGACAGAGAGAUAGAGACGGGCAGGAAAAACAGCCAGCCAGUGACUCAGCCAGCAUCAGACCUGUAGAGCAGUUAGUCAGCCACACACACAGGUAUAUCAGCGAGAGCCAGAGGAGGCCUCGCCCUUACAGCCCAGCACAGCGUCAUUCAAAUGCAGCUCACUAUACCCAAGGCCCUCACCGUCAUGGUUCUCUCCAGCUGUUCCACUGUUCACACCGCUCUUUGGAUUUGGAUUUGUUAUGAGUCACGGUGAUGACAGCACCCUGCCUGUUAGUGCACGUUUCGAAACACUGCCGCUUGGAAGUUUGACUUUGAACGCAGCACGUAGUUGUAGAGAGAACCCCUUCUUGGAGGAGUGUUGUAGAUAUUGUAGAGACUCCUGAACAGACUAUAAAUAUCUCUGUGCUUCAUGUGGAUGGUGUGUCUGGAGAUAGAGCUGUAGGGCUUCUUCAGCCCAUUGUGCUGGUUCAUGAGCAGCCUUUGAACUCGCACUUGUUCACACUCUACAGCUAUGUUGAGGAAAAACCCACUGGCAACCAAAGUGCAAACCUUUUCAGGAUUUUUGAUUUAAAGUACACAUGCAAAUACACUUUCGCAUUUACAUUCGGGUUUGUUGAGAUGUCAAGAAACUGUUUUAGCCUCACAUCCAUGAAUAUUUGUUCAUCUUCCCUGACUUUUCGAUCGCUGAGACUUUCCAUGCAAUUUCUAUGCAACCAUUGCUACAAAUAUCAAAAACUAGAGAAACAAAACCACAAGGUCUCUUUUUUUCCCCUAACAUUAUUCAUAAAUAUUCAACUGCUUUCAAAAUCUACAGGGAUAAAACCACAGGAUAAUAUACUGACUCCUUUGUAGUGAGAAACUAAAAGGGGCAGAGCUGUAGCACAUCUUUCUCUGGAGUGGGCAGGAUGUGAAUCAACAUUAAUCUUCUUUAAACAAAGGAGAUAACUAGAUUUCACACCAGUCUUUCACAACAUACCCUGUGACUCAUGGGAGAGCAAACUAAAUUUAAUGAAGGUUUAAUAUCUCUUUGGUCACUAAGUGUGAGAGAAACAAUAAUUCAGGCUGACAGGGUGAGCAAAGAUUAGAUCUCAGGACUGAGACAGAGUAAAAUGUGCAACUUCAGAUUCGGGCAUUCUUGGAGGCAUACAACUUGCUGAAUUUUUGGGUCUUUAUUAGUGUUAAACUUGUAGCAAAGGUGAGCUAUUAUUAUGAGGUGUUCGCAAUUUUGUAGCAGCGCCAGCUUAUGUUUUGGCUCCAUUAACAAAAGGAUGAUGGUGAUGAGGUGAAGCUUUCUUCCAUUGUUUGAGGGGUCAGACAGGCUGUUGGAGGGUCCGCCCUGAUUGAUUCAAAACAACAGAGCGGACAGUCCAGCUGAUAACAUGGAUAACACGGAUAUUAUCUGCCCAUCCUGGAAUAAAUUUUAUUCAAGUACAAUCAGAUGUUAGAGCUGCUCAGAUCACUUUCUGUGGAAUUAAAUGAUAAAUAAUAAAUAAAUUCCUAUUAAAUAUUAAGAGGAUGCUUAUAUUUAAAAACUUCCUUAAGGUAAGGUAAGGUAGAGUUUAAUGACCCCGCAUGGGGGAAACUAUUUCACCACCAGGACAAGAAGACUCAUACAGACAACAAACAGCAUGGAGACAUCAGACACCAGAUGCACAACAAACACAGUAAAGGCCAGUGCAACAUGAUUUAAUAAUGGUACAAUAAAAGAUGAGGACAUGAUUAAAUACAACAAAAGCCUGAUAAAAAUGAUUAAAUACUAAAAUAAAUACCUCUACAAAACUACGCAGCAGUGCCAAGUCACACCCUAGCAUAUACUAUUAAAAAAUCUCACUGCUGCUGGAACAAAAGACUUUCUUAGUUGUUCAGUGGAGCACCGAGGCAUCACAAGUCGCUCACUAAAUGAGCUUUCAAGACCUUUAGAGACAUAAUGCAAUGGAUGAGCCCAGGAUUAAUUUUAAUGAAGACCUGGUCCUCCUCUCAACGAUGGCCUCAAGAGACUUUGGGACUAAGCCAAUAACUGUAUUGCAUAAAGAAGGACACUAGCCAGAAUACUUUGGUAAAAGACAUCCAGAAGCCUAGUGCUGACAUUGACAGUUCUUAGCAUUCUGAGAAAGAAGGGUCUAGACUGAGUCUUCUUCAAUGAGGCCUGAGUAUUUUCUUUCCAGUUUAAUUUAAUUCUAACAGAAAUCAGCAUCUUUCCUCAGCUGACCCUUUGCAAGAACCCAGUGAUGGACAGACAGAAUAACCUGGUGAAGAAAGUUGAGCAUGUAGACACAGCUUUUCCUGCUGGAUUGGUUAAUAAAUGAACACACUUUGUAAUGCAGUGGAUAUUUGACUCGUCAUCAGGUCAGAUUUACAAAACCAAACGAGUGGCAAUGCUAGUUGUCUGCUGGUAGCAAGAAGCCAAAAAAAUAGUAGCUUGAAAAUAAUAAGGAAAAUUUGAAUAUAUAUUUUUUUGUUAGAAUUUUGUUGAAUGCAUUAAAAAGACCACACACAAAAAAACAAAGCAACAAAGUGGCCCAACCUGGACGGUCUUUACUUUAUGAAAAAAGAAAAAAAAACCUCUGCACCUGGUCACCCAUGGAAAAACCUUGGCUUUGUACCUGCAUGUGCACAUAGUAGUGUGUGUGUGUGCGUUUGUGUGUGUGUGUGAGUGUGACUAUGGAUAAACACAGGAAAAGAAAAGAGAGGAGACUGCUGCAUGCUCUUUUAUUGUUGUAACCAUACCUGCCUGUCUGCACUGUUAGGGGGGAUCUGUCAAACGCUGUGAGAAACAACCUGCAGUCAUUCCAUUCAGAUUUAACCCUCAACCUAAACACUCUUCCCCCCCACAAACACACACAUACACCAACUCCAACAGCCUACAGGCAAAAAGCAUGCAAGAUGUUGGCGCUCUGACAACAAAUGAGCUGUCCUAUACAUGCAGCAGCUCGCCCCACUGUGUCAAGUAACAACAAGGAGGGAGCAUGGCAGUUUGUUGCGAAACGCACAUUAAAAACUGAGGUUGUUCAGAGGCACAGGGGAGUGAGUGCUUGGCUCUCUCUCCAGGGAAUUUGGAAGCUGUCAUUUUCUGUCAACAGGCAAGGGCUCUGUGGUGUGUGUUCAAAGGACGCACCUCUAUGAAAUGAUAGGAGUGUUUUUCUCUCUGCGAGCUAAAAUCUAAAUAGGUGUUGCAAAGCAGCGGUGUAGAGCCUUGUGCUCCCUAAAGAUAAGAAUAUAGUUUUUACCUUGUGAGUCUGUUCUUAAGUAUGCUUUGUGUGUUAUUCAGAGAAAAAAAAAAACUGGCUUGAUGAAUUUUGAAUGAGGCCGUGCUGCUCAGUUAGUCAAAACAGAAGGCAACUCGCCAAGUGGUAAGUCUCAAUUCAGUGUGAUUUCCAGUGUAGGGAUGGAGUGUUAAAAGCAGUGAAUUAUUGUGAUCUGCAUGCAUGCCCAAACCUGAACUGAUCCCCUCUGCUGCAUGAACCCCACUGAGCCCAGAGGAAGCAGGUUCUUAUCAGGGAGGAGGACAGGAAGACACAGAGCAGAGGAGGAAAAGAGUAGGGGGGUUUGUGGGCAGUGGGCCACUCUGCAGUAUUUUACUCGACAUGUGUUUCCUCUGUCAGGUUUACUAAUAUGACUUUUUACAGCUCAACCUUUAAAUGGUUAAAAAUCUCUAAUUUUACAAAGGGGUUUAUAUUAAAGUUUAGGACUCUAGAGUUUGUAAGACUUUCUUGUAACUAUCCCAAUAUUGUUUUUUGUUUUACCGUGCUCUGGAACUCAAAAACUAGACUUUCUCCUUUAAAAAUGUCCCCAUUAGUUCACUGGUAAAGAUUUUAAUAAUUAUUUGGAAUCUGUUUUUCUUUGUGUAACUUUUGCAAACUAGUAAUUUACUGCUUAGAUUUUGUUUGUUGGUAAUUACAUAUGAUUUCCCACAGUUGACUUCUCUAUGAGUCAGAGGGAGAGAGUUGGCAAGGCCAUCAUGUUCACAUUGCAAUUAUUGUUUAACGAGGAAAGAUCAACGUUUUAAAGUUGCUUUAUGAAUGUAAUGAGACGUCAUGAGUGAUGAAAUGUUCAGCAGAAAAAGUGGAAAGAAACGGACCGUAUCAGGCAAACCAGGCUCUGUUUUCAAAGUGAAUAUAUUUUCCUUUUUUUUCCCCCAUCUUCAAAUACAAACAUCCUUUUGAGUCUCAGUAAUAAAUGUCAGUCUUCCCACGUCAUGAGUCUCUUUAAUUAUUAAUGCCUGGAUGUUUUUAUAUCUGUUUUAGGUUGGCACCGUGAAGAUGAUCUCCUCCAGCACCCCUGAGCAGUAGGCGUGCAGCAUGGCGUCUGCUCCUCCUUCCAAAGAGGACCGAAGUGGCUCAUUAACGCUGCGCUGGAGGCUAACACCGACAUAGAUAACGUCUUUGCAGGACACCAACUUCAAACUGAACCGAAGCUAGCCGAGUUCUCCUCCACUGGCCUGGUUAAACAUACUUCUGAACUGCCUUUAGAGAUACUUUGAGGACAACGAUGACUUGUGCCUCAGUGGCACGUGUCAAGAAAAGUGACAGCGCUACAGUGUAACAGCAGCAACAUCUGGACUGAGACUUUGGACCAUGUUCUGUCUCUGAUCGGGUGCUUUGGUGGGAGAGCUGGACUGUGCAGCUCUUCCACACUAAGACAAACCUGGAUCCUGAGUCAUGUCUCUUCUCUCAGCUCUGAGCAUCAUUUUUGGAUGGAUGCUCCAUGUUUCAUUUAGUGCAACAAACACUCACUACGUUUUUCCACGAAGAACUUUCCCCUACCAGAGUGAGUCUAAAGUUUCUCUUAUCGGUCUCUGCGAAUUUGAACUCUUACAUAAUAAUACACAUGAAAAUACCAUAGUUUUUCAAAGAAAUAAUGCUAGUAUCACUUUUUUUUUCUGUGCCAUCUGAAAAUAGCCUCUAAAAUUUCAUUGCAGAAGUAUUUUUGUUUUGCUUUGGGAGCAUUUUCAACCAUGUGCUGUCACAGUUACUGAAAAGAAAAACAAAGUAAUGCAGUUUAGUAAUGGAGAUGUUCUGCUGUGUAGGCGAGCUGAGGAUGUUCAGAGAAGAGGGUAUCUUCAACUACUCUACCAUGCUAAUGCAAGAAGACCUGGGUGUUGUGCUACUGGGAGCCAGAGAGGCAAUAUAUGCUCUGGACAUCAACAACAUCUCUGUGAGAAAGACUGCGGUAAGAAUAUUAUAUGAGACUCAUUAAGAAAAAGCUUCUCUGAAUACAAGUGUUGCAUUUUUUUCCUGAUUAGUUUAAAACUGCUGUAAAAUAACUGAUGAAGAACAGUUCGAUAUUAACAUGCAAAUCCUCCUUUGCAUUAUGAAAUAGCUUUUAAUUAACUUUUAAUUAUUGCAGAUAUGAAAUGGAAAGAUGUAGAGACAUUUCAGAGCAUUUGUAUGCAGGGGGUUGUGGUUAUUUUAUCGAAUAAUUAGUAAGCCACUGACUGUCAGACUUUUGGUACCUAAUCAUGGAUUACUGGAAGGUUUCCCGAAAGUUUUAGCGUAUAAUACCUUUGAAUGAAGUCAUGUCUAUUUGGGAGCCAACAUCAAAGGUUAUGAAUGUGUGGACAUGAAUUAUGAGCAGUUCAGUCAGAUUUGUUACCCUAGAAUGUCAGAUAUGGAGGAUUUUAAGAGGACCGACAAGGUGAAAGUAUCCAGUAUUUCAGCAGGUUUCACAGGGUUUAGGACCUCAGGUUUGUAUCAUCUUGAUGCAUUUUAAGCUUCAAAAGACCUUACCGUAAUCAGUUCACACAAAAUUCUCUGUGUGUAGUUCCUUGCCCUCUUACAUUAUAGUGAGAGUGUGUAUUUUGGCUGAAGAUAAGCUCACAGAAGCACAUUAGACUGUGUAAUGAACUGUUUUCUCACAUCAGCAGCCAGUUUAACGUUAUUGUUUUUGUGGCUUGGAUGUGUUUGCAUGAGGAAUUCUAAUGAACAGUGGUCUUGUGUUGGCUCUCAGCAUUGGUCUGUUGAUUAAUAACUGUAUUUAAACAGAUAACAGUCACGGCUGAAGAGAGUUUGAUGACCCUGCUCGCAGAUACUCCCUUAGUGUCCUGACUGCUCUUAACAUACCACAAACGAUGAAAUGAACGAGGGUAAACGUGCUACAGCCCAACUGUUGUGCUGAGGGUUGCGACACUGACUGCUCCUACGUGCUUUGACAAGAUCCUUCCUCUCUGUUGAUGCAGGUGUAUUGGCGAGUCACUGAGGAGAAGCAGAGGGAGUGCACGUACAAAGGCAAACAUGCAGAGGUUUGUGUAAUGUCUUUCAAACCGUAACUGUUACUUCUAGGGCAAAAAUACAGCCUGAAAGGAUGAGUGAAAGCAUUUACUCCCUGGUGCAGUUUAUCUCUAUGCAUUUGUAAAUCAUUUAUAUGGGAGUUUUUUUUUCCCCCCUUUUCAAGUCUUCACACAGAAUUCUCUUUGAAGUGCUUUGCUUACGGCUACACGCUGAAUGUCCAAAUAAAGGCAUGAGAAGAAAAUACGUGUGCACAGCCCUGACCUUUCGGUCAGCAGCUCAGUUCAAGGCAGUCAGUGCAGUCAGUGUAUGUUUGUGGCAUGUUUGUGUUUUUGCGGCUGAACUAACAGAGCGCCGACCUUGGCAUUCUCUCUGCUGGAUCUUGUUGCAGGUGGAAUGUCGAAACUACAUCCGAACACUGCAUAGACUGAACGCCACAACAAUGUAUGUGUGUGGCACGAACGCUUUUAGCCCCACCUGUGACUACAUGGUAAGCAUACAGUUCAACAAGAAGUCAGUGAAGAGGGUUUAUUCACUGUGUCUAUUAGUAGGACCUCUGUUUACUAGCUUAUGAGGAUCUUUGUGAUGUACCUGAGGAUCUUUAUGAAUUUUAUUAUAAAUCUAAUCUCUUGAGCUAAUAAGGGGCGUGUUUUCAGGGCCAGGCAGUUUGUUUUGCAUGUUUAAAACAUAUGGUAUAUGUUUAAUGCUUUUUAUUAUCAACAAAUCUGAUCACAAGGCCUGAACCAACAAAAACCCUGUAUUACAUUAUUUUUCCACUGUGGUAUUUUUUUAUUAUUUUCAGACUUGAUAAAUUAGGUGGACUUUGUAAUUAUUAGCCAACAUUUCUAAUGCAAAUGCUGUAUAUUCUGUGUAUUUGUCAGGAUCAACUUUAAAUUGGUAAGCCUUUUCUUUAGAGGUAUGCACAAGGGAUGGUCUUAAAAUAAAUUACAGUGCCUUUGUACAUCAAAACAAAUGAACACAUCCUCCCAGGUGCAAUAUGUAAUUGUUAUGUAUACGUUUUUUACAUAUCUAUAAGCCUUACUCUUUGUAAAAUUGGUGCUUGAUUAUUAAUUGUCUAUAAAAAGCAGUAAAUUGAAAUCAGUCUUACUAUUAGCUUAGGUUAUCUAUGUGUUUUGCCUCUGCAAGAUAGGAUUCAGACAAAAUAGACAGCAAUGUUCAAGUCAGACUAUAGAAAGAGUUGUUAAGUUGUAUUGUGCAUACAUACAAUGUCUCCUUUUUGUCUGGCUAACACAUGCAGCCAGUGUUUUGUAAUUCAUUUAAUUCUAGUUAUGACACACAUGUUGUGUUUGAGAGAAAAAGUACAGUGUUUCUUUCUUUUUCAACCUUGAGAGUAAACUUUCCUCUUCUCUUACUUUAUUUCCUGCAGACAUUCUCUAAUGGACAGCUGAGGUUGAAGGGAAAGCAGGAAGAGGGAAAGGGGAAGUGUCCUUUUGAUCCCUUCCAGAGAUAUUCCUCUCUCAUGGUUGGUGAGUGUUUGAGUCAGGUGCUGCUGCCAAAGAGAACAAAGCGCAGAAUCCUGCUGAAUGUUCAGAGUGCACCAACAGAAGGGAUCAAGCAUGAUAACUGUUGGCAGAUUUUAGCAGCCACACUUUCAGAGACCAAACAAAAUGCACAACAAAUCUCUACCAGUAUCUGCUCUCUCAUCGUGUAUCCUAGUUGGUCACAUAAGCCCGGUUCAGAUCAGUUCAUCAGUCGGCAUAUAAAUCUGAUAUUAUUUCAACCCAUGAAUGAUGGUUUCCAGGUAUUUAUCAUCUUCUGUUCCUGUCCAACAGGAAAUGACCUGUAUUCUGCUACAUCCAUCAACUUCUUGGGCUCAGAGCCUGUGGUUCUGCGCAGCUCGGACUUGGCUCUCCGCACUGAGUUCAAGAGCUCCUGGCUCAGUGGUGAGUUCCUCCUCUUCAAAAAUCGAGCUUUUUAAAAUUUCAUAUCAUAGUCGGGGUAGAUUAGAGGCAUCAGCCGCAGCAGCAACCACACAGCUUCUGCAUGAUGCAGCUGCUAUUUGGAGAUAUCUUUGAAUGUAACCAACACAGAUCAAGGUUUUUCUCAGUUUUCACUGAAUUCAUCUUUUAUGAUUCCAGAGCCAAACUUUGUCUACAUGGACUUUGUGGAUGAGAGUGUCGAUAGUGCCGAAGGCGAUGAUGAUAAGGUUUACUUGUUCUUCAGUGAGAAUGCCAUGGAGUACGACUUUUACAGCAAAGUAGUGGUGUCUCGAGUGGCCCGUGUCUGCAAGGUACUAUUAAGUACAGAGUAAAAACUAACAGCCGGUUAACACCUCCACAGUUUUCAGAGGCAUUAAAAAUUGAAGUGCAGUGGAAUGUUAAUGUAAGAGAGGAAAUGUUACUCUUUCUGUUCAGCUUAUGGUCCCUGUGUGGCACAGAUCUGGUUGUUGUUUUGAUUAAAGGUAAAAUCUUUAUUCUGUCUCUGCGUGUAGGGGGAUAUGGGCGGCCAGCGGACACUCCAGAGGAAAUGGACAUCAUUUCUGAAAGCUCAUCUGGAUUGUUCUCUCCCUGAACCCAGCCUGCCCCCCAUUGUCCAGGAUGUCUUCCUGCUCAAGCACAAGGACUGGAGGAAGAGUGUCUUCUACGCUGUAUUCACCCCACAGUCGUAAGUGCUUACAGCUAAGUUCUGUGGCUGUAAUGUUUAGGGCGGACGUUGACAGGAGGAUGUGUUUCAGCAACAUCGUUGACUUUUCAGUUUGUUUUAAAGUCCCACUCCGAUUGUUUUUUUUUUUUUACUACUUGAAGUGUUCUCAGUGGUGGAAGUUUUUAGACAAAAUCAUGUUAUCUGUGUCAUAUUCAAGGGCUUUUCUUCUGCAGAGCUCCAGUAGCUCAUUAGUGAUUCGCCUCUGAGCCGUGGGUUGAGACAGCACUGUUAACUCGAGUUAGCUUGCAGUCUAAUGUUGCCGGUGUAGAAGAAGAAACAGGUAACAUAGGAGCAAUUCAGCUCUUGGACACAAAUGUCUUCAUGGGCGUCAUGAAAUUUAAUAUCAUAAUUUGCUUUCUUAUGAACAUUGCCAUCUGCUAACGUACACGCUUGUUCUGCGAUAGUCGUCUCUACUUUUCCAAAUGUGUAGCCUGCAUAGCUGGGCCCAGGGGGCGGAGCUUGGAUUGGUUAUGUAGGAAAUCUCACUCUUUCUUAACCUGCUGUUUGGGUCUGCCAGAGGUUUACAGCGAUUUGAAUGCAGAAAUACUCAGAAAUGCAAUUUCACACUUAGUUUUCUCAUGUUAUGUCCUCUUGUAUCAGAAAAAUGCCAUAUGAACAUGUAGACAACAAGAAAAACUUGAAUUUGAUCGUGAGUCUUUAAUGAAUAUUGUGAGUCUUUAUUGAAUAUUGUUUGCCCAUGCUGAGAUUAUAAGAGUACUGGUAGUAAAAGCAAUCACAAUCUUUCAGUCAGUGUGUUUCGUAUGGAGUAUCUUUCCAGUGUGAUAAAAUGUAUGAGGAGAAAACUAUUUGACAGAUGAGUUGUUGGUGUCAAGUCAAAGUCGAUAUGCUAUAACCCUAAAAAUCUAGUCAAUGUUUUUUUAGUUUGCUUAGCUAAAUGUUUGAUUUCAUGUAUUCCAGAGGCUCGUCCCAGGCAUCUGCAGUUUGUGCGUAUAGUGUGUCUGCCAUUCGAGAUAUUUUCAAUGAAGGCAAGUUCAAGACACCUGUUGCUGUGGAGACAUCACAUGUCAAAUGGGUGAUGUACACUGGAGAAGUCCCAGUCCCCAGACCAGGAGCGGUGAGUCUGCAGGAUUUGUUAUAGCCAGAUUGUGAUUUUUUACACUGAACCAUAAAAUGAAAACCUGCACCCCUUUAAAACUAAAUUCAAGGUUUGCAUUCCAGUGUAUCAAUAAUCUGGCACGUAAAAUGGGGAUGAAUCGCUCUCUGGAUCUGCCUGACAAAACCCUCCAGUUCAUCAGGGACCGUCCCCUCAUGGACGAAGCUGUUCGUCCUCUGACAGGAGGGCCGCUGCUGCUCAAGAAGGGAGCUUUGCUGACUCGGAUUGUGGUGGACAGUGUGUUGGCACUGGAUGGACAAAGAUAUGCGGUCAUGUUCAUUGGCACUGGUGAGAAAGUUGUCUCAUUUACAAAAUACAUGUAGAUUAAUCAAGAGUGACGUGGUGUAUAAUGGUGUGAUGUGAGUGAAAUAUGUGUGUGUGUGUGGGAUAUGAGAUAAUCUGCUUCAUUCUUGAAGUGUGUUUGUGUUUAAUCAGCUGAGCUUCAGAUCAAAUGUGUUUUCUCUAAUGGGAAAUGUCAUUUUGAGAUUAAAAAAAGAACAAGUUUUUAUUCAUUAACAGCUAAAUAACUCAGAACUCAGCUAAUCUGUUUUGAUGAAACAACUUCUUCACCACCCAGUAAAUUAAAAAAGACAUUGUGAUGGGAUGUAAAAUGUUGACAAGAGCAGGUUUUGGUGGUUUAUUAUUCGUUUAACUGUGAUGCAAAGAUGGAUAGACAAGACAACAUAAUGAUAACAAUGAAUGAAAAAUACAUGCUUAUUUUAAAUUCGAUGCUUUUAAUACAUUUUAAGAAAUUUGGAACAAGAACAAAAUUCUGAUAUGGUUGUGUGAAGCUAAAAUAACAUUUAAGGUCAAUUUGCAGCAGGUUAGUGAAAUUACUCAACAUAGGAAGGGCAUUCGAGAAAGACUGAUCCUUUUCACAAAUAAAGACAGUUUACUACUCUGUGAUAGACUGCAUGAGUAAUUAUUCUGACAGUUUCAGAAUACUCUCCUGUAGCUAAAGAUUUCAUCAUCUGCUGAACAUAAUAUCAUAAAAAAUUUGAGUAAAUCAAGAGAAAUCUUUGUACAAACAGAACAAGGCCUCAAACCAGAACGGAGCCAAAAACAAGAAGUGAUCAUGUGUUUUUAAUGCAGGCAGCACUGCAUUAAGAACACAUGAUCACUGUUAUGGAAAUGACUGCAUCGGCUGAACAAUCACUUUCAAAAGCCACCGUCUGUUGGCUUCGGAAAUCACUGCAUCCACAAAUGCGGUUUGAUCUGUCGUAUGUUGAAAGGAAACAAUAUAUGUAUAUAUAUAAACAUGAUUCAGAAACACCACUCACUUCUCUGGGCCUGAGCUCAGAUAUGAUGCACUGAGGGGGAAUGGAAAACUGUCCUGUGGUCUAACGAAUCAAGAGUGUUGUUGAAAGAGGAGUUGAUGCAACACAAUGGCAAACUCUCCCCUGUCUCAACUGCUCUGCGAUGUGUUGCUAGUAUUACAUCUAAAAUAAGUGUAUGCAUAUUUUUCAUCAAAUGAUACAAAAAUCUUGUAUCAGAAUAUAACAUAUCAUCUUUGCUAGAUUUUUAAUAACAUAGAGGAUUUAAAGGAUUUACAAACCAUCAAAUGUAGUCUGUUUUUAUCAUUUUACUCAACAUCCAAACUAUUUUGGAACUGGAGUUGUAAGAGUCCACAGUCCAUAGCCAGAAUCCAAUAAUGUUUUUUUUUUUUAACUCUUUCAAUGAUCAGCUUCAAAAACCACCUCAGUAUUUGUCUUAUCAGUAUCUGAUAAAUCACUUAUGUUCCCUAUGAGUAAUGAGAGAGUCUGUUAAAGCCAGGAUCUUUGCUCUUACGUGUUUGUAAUGCGCUUAUUGUAAAGGUUUUCAAUAGUCCUCUUUUGUCACCUGUUAGAAAAUGGAUACAUUCAGAAGGCUGUCAACUAUGCUGGAGAAAUGUUCAUCAUUGAGGAAGUCCAGCUGUAUGAAAACCCUGCUCCUAUAACCAUCUUGCGUCUGUCAUCCAGCAAAGUAAGUCAUAACACGUUAAAUAACGGUUGUAGGUUAUAGUAUUUACUGAUGUUUUUUUUAUUUGCAAAUACAGUAAAGUAAGUUUAAGUAUAAAUGUAUACCUUCAUUUAAAUAUGUAGAUUUUCUUCUGAUCCAGAGCACAGAGGCUUUAGCAGAAGUCAUGAUCAAUUCUUUGCCUUGUUAACCUGAGUGUUGGUGUGCAAACAUAGGGCCAGCUGUAUGCAGGCUCAGCGUUUGGUGCUAUCCAGAUGCCUGUCAGUAACUGCAGCCGUUAUGACACCUGUGAGGACUGCAUCCUGGCUAGGGAUCCUUACUGUGCCUGGGACUUCAGCACCCAGCAGUGCUUGUCAGUUUACAGCUUAUCGCCCUCCUCAAAUCCUGCAUUACAGAGUCUGAAGGAGGGAGACGUCUCACAGUGUCCUACACCAGGUACAUUAAUUCACAGGGUUUUGUUUUCAUGUGUUACUUGAAAGACUUUUAUUUAUGAAACAGCUUCAAAGAAGAUGUAAUAAUUAGUAUUCAAAAGGAAAAACCUCUCCUUUGUAUGUGUUUGUGUGUGUUUUUUUAGAGCCGGUAGCAGCUGUGGACUUCCCCCUGGUUCCAGAGAACAACAUCCAGCUGCCUUGCCAGCUCCACUCUAACUUGGCGCAGGUCCUGUGGCGAUUCUCUGACCAAACACUUCACUCCAACAACAAAUACUACAUCUACAGCGGGGGUCUCCUGAUCCUGAGUGCCACCAAAUCAGACGCAGGCCUGUACACAUGUGAUUCAGUGGAACAGAUCAAUGACAAAACAUACAACCGGACUGUGGCUGUUUAUCGAUUACAGCUCUCCUCUGGCCCAGGACUGGAGGGCAGCACUACCCCUGGCAAUGAGGUGACAGAUUCCUCAAACUCUAUUCCCAGUCUGAAUACGGCUGCACCAGGGCCAGACCAGGGCGGCGAGGACCCGUUGUCCCCUGAAAAUCAAAGGGACUCUGGCAGGGUUACGCGUUUGGAGGUGGCUGUGGCUCUACUCUCUCUGCUCUGUCUCUCCCUAAUGGGGGUCAUAUUCUGGAUCUGGAGCCGAGGACAUUGGGAAUGCACCAAGUUUGCGAAGAGUUCCAGUGCAAACGAGGCAAAAAGGCACUCGGCCGAAUACAUGCAUAUCCAGAACAGAACUUCAGAGAUAAAGCUCCUGGGGCCUGAGUCUGGUAGACCUUGCAGUGCCAAUAAUAAUCACUCUGCUGUUGACUUCAAAGGGAACGGGGAGCACCACUUCACACCUAUGGCUAACAUUUCAAGUCUGGACGGUCUGGGAUACAUAAACGAUGAGUCAGAGAUUUGACUCUGCUGAGUUAUAGAAAUUAGCUGAAGGCCAACAAAGGUGCACUAAUUAUCUUUCUGUAGGUGUCCCGCUGUAAAGAAGCUUUUUACAUUAUACAUUCUUUUGAUUGGGUUCUUUCUUCUCCAUGUCAGCGUCUGACACCGUCUAUCAUUUCUGUACUCUAACUGGGCAGCUGAUGUUCACUGAAGAGACUUUUUUCAGGAGUUCUGGUUGAGUUUUUCACUCCAGAAAAAAGUUGAUAUUCAUUUUUUUUAUAAAUGUAUUUUUUGUAUAAUGAUUGUUUAUACACUUGUCUGUAAUAUAUUGUGUUUAGCCAAGACCAUUUUUUCAACCACUAUUUAUUUGUGAGAAUGAAGUUUUUAUCCCAGCAAACAAAAACUUUGAGGUGUAAGUCUUCUAAAAACAGUAAAACACACAUUUCCAGGCACAUUUCAAUCGAUGGAUUCUGUUAAUUCAUAAAAACAUCUGUCAGAAGGCAAACCCAUCAGUCUUUAGCUGUGUUGUGAUGGAUCAGUUGUUUGCACUCCUGUUUUUUAUUUCCACGUGUCUGUUUAAAAAAGGACUACAGAUAUGUCUAACAUUCAAACCUCUCGAUUCUCCAUAUUAAACAAAAGAUCAUUUCACAGCUGUAAAUGUUACCACAUCACAGAGGGGGAUGUUGUGCAUCAUUGGGAAGUGUGGGUGUACAUUUCUGUCGGUGAACACACUGCAUUAGACAUACAGAGAUGAUAACAUCUUUGGAAACUUUGGAAAAUCCAGUCCUUGUUCAUAAUAAAAAAGACUUCCUGAAGACUUUGACGUGCAUCUAGCUGUCAGCGAUGAUUAGUCGUCUCUCACACAGCUCGGAAACAUCUCAAAAAACAAUCCUGGGAUUCAGCUAACGUUGCUUGUCUCGAUGUUUGCAGAAUAAGCACUCCUAUGGAUUUUAUAGCAAGAUUACAUGAAUAAUAAUGUAUCAAAAACACACACUGACACCAAACUCACCUCUGUCUGUUUGCUUUUGUUGCGUAUACCUGUGACCAGUGAAAAUUCAUGGAACACAGCCUGAAUCUGCUGAGCGUAUUUCACUCUCUGUCAUUACCAUCAAUGCUCAGGGUUGCCUGAGGUUUCAUCUUAAACAUGAACACUAGAUCUGAAGAGGUUGAAGUGGGUCUCUUCUCAAUUAUUCAACAGUGCAGUAUAAAAUACUUGUCAGGAAGUGAACUGAGGCGAGAUAUUUAUUUUACCAGGUAAUAGAUGUGUAAAAUAUUUCCAGUGCAGUGGUGUAGAUUUUGCUAAGUGCUUUCAUGCCUAGCAUAUGAUUAUUACAUGGUAGAUUGAAGAUAAUACAUUUGUCUUAUACUUGGGAGUUUUUUUUUUUACCUUCAUUAACUUUACUCGUCCAAUGAAAGGUUUAAUAAGGUUUCUUCUUGUACUUUGGAUUCAGGCUUUCCUGCAUUCUUUCAUAAUGCCUUUAUGCUUCUGUCAACCCACUCAGUAUCUUCAAGCAUUUUCUUAAGAAAGAAGAAAAAUCAAUACUGUAGCAGCACCUCUUCGCAAGGUUGAAGAGUCUAUACUGAGGACAAGGGAGGCGGAAAAACCAGCACACCAUACGUUUGCUAAGCAGGAAAUUGAUCUGAACUGUCAGCCUACAGCAAGUUUUUUUUUUUUAAAGACAGUAACAUUUUAACCUAUCAGUCUCACGCGAUCGCCUCAGGAUGACAGGGUUCUUAAUCUAGCGAUUAAAACGUGACCACUAUUGUAACACUGGAUGUAUAUAGACAACCUAACAAGCAGCGACAUGAUAGUGAAGUGACAGUCAGGUAAAAGUUCACCAUGAAAGACAAAUACUGUAAGAAAAUGAAUGUUUAUUGAAACUUUGCAGUGUUAAACGUUUAUUUAUAGAUUUAUUUUGUUUCAUCAUAUAUCAAAUAACAGAUUGAAAUAAUGGCAGUUGGGUUUUAUAAGAAAAAUAUAUGGCAAAACUCAGCAGGCAGACAUCCUUUGAUUCUGUCCGUCCAAUCUUUAUGAAGGCUGGGGAAAAGUAGACGACUUGUUGCAUCAACAAGAAAAUCCACAUUAACUUGAUUAAAUUUAUUCUUU